AGCUGUUUCAAUGCGCGAUUUACUUGAAAUUAGAGCAUGGCGUUCAAUCGGUCGCAGGAGAAUACGGCAAAAGAUCUUUAUUGGAGGUUGCUUUAUGGCAGUUCUUUUGGCAUUUCGUCAUUUCAGUGGAGGACCUGAAAGCGACUCGAACUCGAGCCAAAACGACAAAAAGAGCUCGUCAAAGCCAGAACCAGAAGUUGUGAACUCUAAGCUGGAUCUGCGCAACAUCAGUGCAGAAGAUUUCGCUAAAAACAGCAUUUAUUUGCUGGAGACAUCUGGCAGACAGUUUCUCAGCCCCAAGCAGCUGUGCUGCGUGGAAUCUGCAGCAAGGUACAACCCCAAAAAACAGAUUGUGGUCUUAUCGACAGCAGAUGCCUUGUUGUACCCAACUCUAGCGACAUCUAUCGCCCGGAAUCACUCAAACAUCAUUUUCAGAAGAGUGGACGUUGCUGAAGCAUUCAGAAACUCGCCGCUGAAAUCCAUGGACAUUAAUAGUACCUUAAAACAAAGCAUGUUCGUUACAGAACAUACCAGUGACUUGCUGAGGCUGGUGCUGCUGUACGAACACGGUGGUACUUACAUGGACUUCGAUAUGAUCGUGCUCAAGGAAUUGCCCAAGGUUGCCAAUGGCGUGGCUACAGCCGACGAUGGAAAAUAUCUGGCCAAUGGUUUUUUGAUUUUUGAAAAAGGACACCCUGUUAUGCUUGACUGCUUGACCAACAUUGCAAAGAGCUUCAACAAAAACUGGUUCAACGGAAACGGUCCUGAUCGCAUCACAGAGGCCAUGCAACGUUGGUGCAACACAUCAACUCUGCAGCCCGGAAUGAAUUGUUCCAACGUCUACCUGUUCCCUGUCGACAACUUCACACACCUCAAUUGGGGAAUCGCCAUGACGGCUUUUGACGAAGAUCCGGCCAUUUCCGAUCCUCUGGUCGCCAAUUUGGAGUCCAAGGCCUUCGUUUUUCAUUAUUACAAUGACUUGACUCGUGUGGUUGAUGCCAGCAUCACUGGGAACUCUGCCAUUGCGCGAAUGGCGCGCAAAUAUUGUCCACUAGUCACCUCCUAUUCUCGAGACUGGCUGUGGGGGUUCCAUGACCCAGGCAAAGGGUUCCAGUGA